AUGUUCCGAAGAGCAGCUGCACUGCACAGAUUGUUCAGUAUUACCACAUAUCAACAUAUGGAAUUGUCUGAAUUAUGCCCUAAGGAGAAAUAAAUGUCCGAGAAAGCAUGCUCGACCGACCUAGAGCAUGCUUAAAUUAAGUUAGUUAUUUCUCCCCAGGUGAGGUUUUUGGCUCAGCAGACCUUGAGCUUUUCCUCAGCCGGGCCCUGCCAUCGGGUCAACGGACUCAGGGCUCCUGGGAUAGGAUGGCUGGCGAGAUAGACCGGCAUCAAGGCGUGUGGGACGAAGACUGGGCAGUGUAGGCUGCACGAGUCUCUGCUCAAUUCAGAGUUGGCAGAGAGGUGGAUCGUCUAAGGCAAGAUGGAAGCAAGUCCGCAGCUCACCGGACUCCGAUGGAGGAGACGCAAGUUAAUGGGGUGUAAUCAAAUCGAAGACGGGUGUUCUGGCCAAGACAACAGGCGUGAGAUGAGGAGAUAAACUACCUUGUCGUCGCUAGCGGUGGGUAAUUAAGGCCAUAAGGCCUAGCGCGGUGAGCUUUGGCUCCGCCAUAAAAUGGUCUUACGACCUCUAAAUCAUAUAAAGAUAAAGAAUUAUGCCCUAAGGAUAGCAAUCAUGGACACCCAUCCUUAGGGAAAUGGAAUUUUUGAAAAUUGCCACCUAUCCAGGUGCUAGAGAUUAAGACCUUUAGAGUGCCUGCGGAUGCAAAUUUGUUUUGCCCAAGAGCUGGAAGGACAGCUGUUGAAAUCCGGACACCCGAAGCCGAGGGCCAUUAAGAUCAAGACAAGGUAGUGUACGAGGCAUGGUCGGAUAAAUAACUAAGUUAAGUUAAGUUCAGCAUUAUCAGAAAGCCUCAAGUAAAGCUCUUCACUCCUGGUCCACUUAACACCACACCUACAGUCAGAGAAGCCAUGAUGUACGACUUUGGCUCUCGCGAUCCUGACUUUGGUAAAAUUGUUGAAGAUAUAAAAGUUAGACUAUUGAAAAUUGCUGACGUCAAACCUAAAGACUAUGCUGCAGUCCUUGUACAAGGAAAUGGCACAUACGCUGUAGAAUCAUGCUUAGGGACUGCUUUCCCUCGUCUUGACCCAGGUGACCGGUCUCAGAGAAUGCUGAUUAUUGCUAAUGGCUCAUAUGGCGAAAGACAAGUAAAAAUCUGCGAAGUAUUGGGCAUCCCACACAUUGUCCUUACUCCCCUUUCCGUGAGCAAACAAAACCAUUAGAAAAAUCCUAUUUUUUGCCCAAAAAACCCACCCUCGUAAGCGAACAAAAUUUUUUUAUGAAAAAAAAUUUUGAUAUAUAAGUGAUAAUUAUUAUAACGAAAUCUUUUGCUAAUUCUGUUUAAUUUUAAACAGCUUGCAUUUUAAAAUAUAAUCUUGCAAAUUAAAUCAAUUUUCACCUAUCAAUUUUUAAAAAUUGGAAUUUUUUUAAAUUCUGAAAAAAAAUUCUAUAAAAUAUAUAUAUAAAAUUUUUUAAAAAAACAAAAUUAACCCCCUCUGUGAGCGAACAAAAAAUUGUUGUUCGCUCACGGAGAGGGGAAUUAGAUACGCAGACUCUGAAAUAGUCAAUCCUGAUGACGUAAAAAGGCAACUUAACGAACACCAUCAGAUUACCCAUGUAUCAGUCAUCCAUUCAGAGACCACAACAGGGAUCAUCAAUCCAUGCUUGGAAAUUGGAAAGGUUGUGCAUGAACACAACCCUAACUUGAUUUACAUUGUGGACGGGAUGAGCAGCUUUGGAGCAGUUCAUCUAGAUCUAUAUGAGGGUCACGUCAAUUAUCUUAUAAGUUCUUCUAACAAGAUGAUUCAAGGAGUCCCUGGCUUUGCCUUUGUGAUUGCGAAGCUUACUCUAUGGCCAGAAAACUUGUGAUCGUUUGAUCUAGGAGUGAAAUUCCAAAGACCCUUGAAAAAUGAUAUAUAAUUUAUUAAUUGGGUGUUAAAAUUUUUCUAAUGUAAAUGUUUUGCACGCUAACGAUAAGAGAGAAUGCAGAACACUAGUAAGCAUGCUAGAAAUCGCAUUAUUGUGUAGUUAUUGCAAUAUUGUAAUCAUUAUUAUCAAAGAUAUUGGACACAUGGUUCGCUAUAUGAAAGUUGUGCGAUUAAGAGCGGGGGGAUAAUUUUCCUUAUGGAAUCGUUCGAAGAGUUAGUGAUUUGAUGCAAUGCCAAGGAAACUCAAGAUCAGUAGGCCUUGAUCUAUAUGAACAGUGGGAUUAUCAGCUGAGCAACCCUGGACAGUUCAGAUUUACCCCUCCAACUCAUGUUAUGGCUGCUUUCCAUCAAGCUUUAGUUGAGCACGAAGCUGAAGGAGGAGUCAAAGCAAGAGGGGAAAGAUACAGAAAUAACCAAAGAAUUUUAUCAGAAGAAAUGAGAAAACUUGGGUUCAAAUUAUACGUGGAUCCAAAGAAUCAAGGAGUCUGCAUUACUACAUUUAUGCAGCCAUCACACCCUAAAUUCAAUUUCAAAGUUUUAUAUGACUAUUUGGCAGAAAGGAACAUUGUUAUUUAUCCCGGAAAACUUAGCAAAGCACCUUCCUUUAGAUUAGGGAAUAUUGGAGAACUCUAUGCUGACGAUAUGUACGAAUGCAUCAAUAAACUCAAAGAAGGGUUUAAAUUCAUGGGAGUCCCAUUGCCUUUGGAAGAAGAUUAA